AGCGGUGGCUGCCGCUGGCUGUGAGCAGGCAGGGGACCAGCGGACACCAGCGCAGGCUGCCGGGCCCAGGACCUGUCGGCGGCCAGCCGGGAGCGCAGAGCCGCCGCGGGGCCACCCCGGCGGCGACGCGAGGAUUGGGUAGGGCUGCCUCGCCACCGGUCUAGACUGCACUACAUAUCCAGCUCUGGCUGUGAGGAACAUACCCAGCCUGAGAAAGGGGACCAGAGUUCCAGUGUUGAAGGAGUAGCAGCUGCCCUAAAACCCUUUUCCUCUGUAUUUCCUUAGCCCAUAAUUUAGGUGUCUUGAAAUCUGAGGAUUCCACCCAGAUAAUAUGAUAGGAACUUUCAGUGAUUUGGGGUCAUAUCCUACUUAGACUAAUGCGACACUUCCAGAUUUCCUGACAACCUGGCACUGUGGCAUAUACUGCUCGCUAGUUGACACAAGUGAUAAAAUGCCAUCUCUGCCUCAAGAAGGAGUUAUUCAAGGAACCUCUCCCCUGGAUCUGGACACAGAAUUACCUUAUCAAAGCACUAUGAAAAGGAAAGUCAGAAAGAAGAAAAAAAAGGGAAUCAUUACAGCAAAUGUUUCUGGGACAAAGUUUGAAAUUGUGCGUUUAGUAAUAGAUGAGAUGGGAUUUAUGAAAACUCCAGAUGAAGAUGAAACAAGUAACCUUAUAUGGUGUGAUUCUGCUGUUCAGCAGGAAAAGAUUGCAGAGCUGCAAAAUUACCAGAGAAUCAACCAUUUUCCAGGAAUGGGGGAGAUCUGCAGGAAGGAUUUCUUAGCAAGAAAUAUGACCAAAAUGAUCAGGUCUCGGCCUCUGGAUUAUACCUUUGUUCCUCAAACGUGGAUUUUCCCUGCAGAAUAUACUCAAUUCCAAAAUUAUGUGAAAGAACUGAAGAAGAAACGGAAGCAGAAAACUUUUAUAGUAAAACCAGCUAAUGGUGCAAUGGGUCAUGGGAUUUCCUUGAUAAGAAAUGGCGAUAAACUUCCAUCUCAGGAUCAUUUGAUUGUUCAAGAAUACAUUGAAAAGCCUUUCCUAAUGGAAGGUUACAAGUUUGAUUUACGAAUUUAUAUUCUGGUAACAUCGUGUGAUCCACUAAAAAUAUUCCUCUACCAUGAUGGACUUGUGCGAAUGGGAACAGAGAAGUACAUUCCACCUAAUGAGUCCAACUUGACACAGUUAUAUAUGCAUCUGACAAACUAUUCUGUGAACAAGCAUAAUGAGCAUUUUGAACGGGAUGAAACUGAAGACAAAGGCAGCAAACGUUCCAUCAAAUGGUUUACAGAAUUCCUACAAGCAAAUCAACAUGAUGUUACUAAGUUUUGGAGUGAUAUUUCGGAAUUGGUGGUGAAGACUCUGAUUGUAGCAGAACCUCAUGUCCUGCAUGCUUAUCGAAUGUGCAGACCUGGACAGCCUCCAGGAAGUGAAAGCGUCUGCUUCGAAGUACUGGGAUUUGACAUUUUGUUGGAUAGAAAACUAAAGCCAUGGCUACUGGAGAUUAAUCGAGCACCAAGCUUUGGAACUGAUCAGAAAAUAGACUAUGAUGUGAAAAGGGGAGUGCUGCUAAAUGCACUGAAGCUACUGAACAUCAGGACCAGCGAUAAAAGGAAAAACUUGGCCAAACAAAAAGCUGAGGCUCAGAGGAGGCUAUAUGGCCACAGUUCAAUAAGAAGGCUCUUACCGGGUUCCUCAGACUGGGAACAGCAGAGACACCAGUUGGAGAGGCGGAAAGAAGAGUUGAAAGAAAGACUUGUUCAAGUACGAAAGCAGAUCUUGCGAGAAGAACAUGAAAAUCGACAUAUGGGGAAUUACAGACGAAUUUAUCCUCCAGAAGAUAAAACACUACUUGAAAAGUAUGAAAAUUUGUUGGCCGUUGCCUUUCAGACCUUCCUCUCAGGAAGAGCAGCUUCGUUCCAGCGAGAGCUGAAUAAUCCUUUGAAAAAGAUGAGGGAGGAAGAUAUUUUGGACCUUUUGGAACAAUGUGAAAUUGAUGAUGAAAAGUUGAUGGGGAAACCUACCAAGGUUCGAGGACCAAAGCCCCUGUGUUCGAUGCCAGAGAGCACUGAGAUAAUGAAAAAACAGAAAUACUGCAGCAGUGACAGCAGUUAUGACAGCAGCAGCAGCUCUUCAGAAUUUGAAGAGAAUGAAAAAGAAGAUUGUCAAGACAAGAAAAGAGAAAAGCAAGUUCCAUAUACUCUUAAGCACACCAACAACUGCAAAUUGAUCCAACAAGCCAAUUCCAUGAGGCGUUCAGUGAGCUGCCCUCGGUCCAUCUCUGCUCACUCAGCUGCCAGUGGGGACAUUCGCCCCUUUUCUGCUCAGCAUGUGAUAUCACUCUCACGGCCACCUGCAGAGUCUCGUUCACAUUCCUUAAACCGUGCUUCCUCCUACAUGAGACAUGUGCCCCACAGUAAUGAUGCUGUCACUGCCAACUCUCAGGUGAGUGAGCCUUUGCGGCAACUGAGAACGAAAGAACAAGAAGAUGAUCUAACAAGUCAGACCUUAUUUGUCCUCAAGGACAUGAAGAUCAGGUUUCCAGGAAAAUCAGAUGCAGACUCAGAACUUCUGAUCGAAGAUAUCAUGGAUAACUGGAAGCAUCAUAAAACAAAAGUGGCUUCUUAUUGGCUCAUAAAAUUGGACUCUGUAAAGCAACGAAAAGUUUUGGACAUAGUAAAAACAAGUGUCCGCACAGUUCUUCCACACAUAUGGAAGGUGUCUGAUGUUGAGGAAGUAAGUUUAUAUCGGAUUUUCAACCGACUUUUUAAUCGCUUGCUCUGGAAUCAUGGCCAAGGACUAUGGAGUUGUUUCUGUGAUUCAGGAUCCUCUUGGGAGAGUAUAUUCAGUAAAAGCCCGGAGGUGGUGACUCCUUUGCAGCUCCAGUGUUGCCAGCGCCUGGUCGAGCUUUGUAAACAGUGCCUGCUAGUGGUUUACAAAUAUGCAGGGGACACCAGAAGCUCACUCGCAGGCAUUGGACCCGACUGGGGUAACUCCAGGUAUUUACUACCAGGAAGUAACCAAUUUCUCCUGAAGACACCAGGCUACACCAUGAAGUACAGUUCAUCUGGAAUGACUCGCUCCAAUGCCUUGUUUACAUCCCGAUAUGGCCAUUUGUGAAACCCAAAAGAAGAUCGCCAUGGGUUAGCCAUAAAACUCAUGUAUUCAUGAAUUGAAUGAAUUCAUGUAUUCCCUCAAGUUGAACAUGCAAAGAAAGUGACCAUGAAGUGCAGUUUUAUGUAUAUAUGACAUAUAUAUGUGUGAAAAUAUAUGCACACAUGCACUCAACAUAUACUUAUUAUAAUAUAUAAAAGAAGAAUUAGCAGAAAAUUUAAUAUAUAAGACUUAACCUUUCUGGAAAUAUAAUAAACCAUGUUAAAAUUGUUUACACAAA